CACAUUUUCCCCCCACUUUCAACGACGGCGCGUGACACCACCCGCUGCAUCAGCGCGUGAGCAAAGACCUAAAAAACUAGAAAAAGACUAAAGAGCCUAUAGCGCCCACCGAAAACAUUUUUCUUACCGAACCAAAACACAAAAGCUUAAACUCAAAACAAAACACAAUUUUCAUCUCUCUCUCUCUAUCUCUAAAAGCUCUCUUCUACAAUGGAGAAUUCGCCGAGAUACAGAGAAGCGACGAAUCUGAUUCCAUCGCCGAGAUGUCACAACACCAACAGUUGCAGUAUGAGCAGUAGCAGUGAAACUAACAAACCACCAACAACUCCGACCCGACACAUAACCACAAGAUCUGAAUCCGGAAACCCGUACCCGACAACAUUCGUUCAAGCAGAUACUUCAUCCUUCAAACAAGUCGUCCAGAUGCUAACCGGAUCCGCCGAGAGACCCAAACACGGUUCAUCUCUUAAACCAAACCCGACCCAUCAACCCGACCCAAGAUCCACUCCUUCUUCUUUCUCAAUCCCACCAAUCAAAGCCGUACCAAACAAGAAACAGUCUUCUUCUUCUUCCUCAUCAGGGUUUCGUCUCUACGAGCGUCGUAAUUCAAUGAAGAAUCUCAAAAUCAAUCCUUUAAACCCGGUUUUUAACCCGGUUAAUUCAGCUUUCUCUCCCCGGAAACCGGAGAUCCUCUCUCCGAGCAUCCUCGAUUUCCCAUCUCUCGUUCUUAGCCCGGUUACGCCUCUUAUACCCGACCCGUUUGAUCGAUCCGGGUCAUCAAAUCAAAGCCCCAACGAGCUUGCGGCGGAGGAGAAAGCGAUGAAAGAGAGAGGCUUUUAUUUGCAUCCAUCUCCGGCAACAACUCCGAUGGAUCCAGAGCCUCGACUUCUUCCUCUAUUCCCGGUGACUUCUCCUCGAGUCUCAGGUUCUUCAUCAGCUUCUACUUCUUGAAAAAAACCCUAAUUUUUAUUUAUUUACUCGAUUUUUAUUAUCCUUUUGUGAUCUUAAUUAUAUAUUAUAAUUGGGAAUUGAGAUAAAUCCUGUUGAGAAUUAUACGAGAAAAAUUUGUAAUGUUGAGAUGUUUGCUAAAUCCAAAUUCGCGAUUUUAAAUCAUCGCCUUCAAUUGUAUUUUAAAUCUCUCCCUAUGGUUUUAUAUUGAUGAGUUUAUUCUGCA